AUUCAGAUGAAGCUCUUUUCAGAACCAAUUAUGACAACGGCGUUCGUUAAAGCUUGGCACUUGCUUUCAUUUCGAAUGUUUUUCUAUCUUCUUGGACGCACCAUCGGGGAGUAUCCGCGCUCUUUCCUCCUACUUUCGUUGUUGAUUUCUCUAACCACGCUUGGAAUGAGAAGAAUGGUGCUUCGUGAUAGCAUACAAGAAGGUUACACACCCCUAAAUGCACAAUCAUUUUACGAGUCUCGUGUGAUGCGUGAAUUUUCCAACUCAACAGCUGACCCCAUGAAGUUAGCAUUUAUGAUGCUAGCAAAAGAUGGAAAAUCAAUGCAUAGAAAAGCGUACCUAGAUGAGGCUGAAAGAAUUGUCGAAACUAUCUACCAUCUGACAGUCAAACAUGGGAACGAACUGGUCUUUUUCUCCCAUGCUCAAAAUUAA